AGAGGGAGCGAACCGAGUAGGAAGGGGAAUCGUCCUUGGUUUCAUCAGUAGGUAUGUUGUGCCGGGUGUAGUACGACAGUGGAUGGGAUGAUGGACAAGGGUGUGGAUGGAGGCGAUGUGAUCCGGUGUGACGAGUGGAAGGUGUGAGAGGCGUUUGGUGUAGUGGAAGAUUCCACCUCAUAGCAUGGCCUCGGUCGCCGCUUGGCUUCCUUUUGCCCGGGCGGCGGCCAUAGGUUGGGUCCCUAUAGCGACCCAUCCUCUACCACCCGCCCCUAUACCCAAAGACAGGAGAAAGGCCGACGACGAGAAACUGCUGAUAAACGUUUCUGGCCGGAGGUUCGAAACGUGGAGGAACACAUUGGAAAAAUAUCCUGACACCCUCCUCGGGUCCAACGAACGCGAGUUUUUUUACGACGAGGAAUGUAAAGAGUAUUUUUUCGACAGGGACCCGGAUAUAUUUCGCCACAUACUGAACUAUUAUAGGACGGGGAAACUCCAUUACCCGAAACACGAAUGCCUGACGAGUUACGAUGAAGAGCUCGCGUUUUUCGGCAUUUUGCCUGACGUUAUCGGCGACUGCUGCUAUGAAGACUACAGGGAUAGGAAGAGAGAGAACGCGGAGAGACUUAUGGACGAUAAACUGUCCGAGAACGGAGAUCAGAAUUUGCCGCAGCUGACCAACAUAAGGCAGAAGAUGUGGAGGGCUUUCGAAAAUCCCCAUACUUCGACAGCCGCCCUCGUCUUCUAUUAUGUUACAGGGUUUUUCAUUGCUGUAUCUGUGAUGGCCAACGUCGUGGAAACGGUACCUUGCGGUCAUAGGCCAGGAAGAGCCGGUACUCUACCUUGCGGGGAGCGGUACAAAAUCGUAUUCUUCUGUUUGGAUACGGCGUGCGUUAUGAUAUUCACGGCCGAGUACCUCCUCCGAUUGUUCGCCGCACCGGAUCGCUGUAAAUUUGUACGGAGUGUUAUGAGUAUAAUUGAUGUGGUCGCAAUUUUGCCUUACUAUAUCGGUUUGGGCAUAACGGACAAUGACGAUGUUUCGGGGGCUUUCGUCACUUUAAGAGUAUUUAGAGUGUUCAGGAUUUUCAAGUUUUCCAGACACUCCCAAGGACUCCGUAUUCUAGGUUAUACGUUGAAAUCGUGUGCUUCGGAACUAGGGUUCCUCGUCUUCUCCUUGGCCAUGGCUAUUAUUAUAUUCGCCACCGUCAUGUUUUACGCAGAGAAAAACGUGGACGGCACCAAUUUCACUUCGAUACCGGCGGCGUUUUGGUAUACCAUCGUCACGAUGACCACGUUGGGGUAUGGUGACAUGGUACCGGAAACGAUAGCCGGGAAGAUUGUCGGCGGUGUAUGCUCGCUCAGCGGUGUCUUGGUGAUAGCUCUACCUGUACCUGUGAUCGUUUCCAACUUCAGCAGAAUCUACCACCAAAAUCAGAGAGCGGACAAACGAAAAGCUCAGAGAAAAGCGCGGUUAGCAAGGAUAAGGAUAGCGAAAGCCUCGUCUGGAGCUGCGUUUGUGAACAAGAAGAAAGCAGCAGAAGCCAGGCUCGCAGCUCAAGAGUCUGGCCUCGAAAUCGACGAAAACUACAAAGAAGAAGAUAUCUUCGAACUGCAACAUCAUCAUCUCCUCCGGUGCCUCGAGAAAACUACGGACAGAGAGUUCGUGGAACUUGAAGUACCAUACAAUGGUCAACCAAAAAGGCCAGGAUCUCCUUCUCCAUUAAUAAGCCCAACUCAUUCCGCCGGGAGCAGAACGGGGUUGUUGCAUUCCUGCUGUGGGAGAUGUUGUACUCAAAGAUAUCAGAAGCAUAGGAGAUGUGAAAGCCCAGAAUCAACGACUCAUGGAGAAGAACUAAAUGAUAUUCAAAUUAGGCUUCAAUUUACAAGAUCACCUUUGAUAGAGGGUUCGAACGAGUAUAACACAAGAACCACACAGAGAACGAAGGCUAAUGCCGUAGGUGUAAGUUCUGCAUCUCUAGUAUCAAUUAGUAAACCUAACUCUACUACCUCUUCCAAUAUGACUGCUUCAGUUGUUGUCAAUCUUCCUACUUCAUAUCCUAACUCAGACAUUGAAUACGCCUCCCCUCAAACACCAUCGUCCCCAGCGCAGUCAAACGAUAAACAAGAAGUUCGGAUCUCAUUUUUAUAAUAUCCACAACAACAAAAAAUUUAUGACCAUUUGUAUUUAGUUAUAGACAACUGAAAUAAAAUGUGUGCCUCUAAAAUUGCAUACAAAGUACAUUGUUGAAUACUUGCCAGAUAAAUUGGCUUAUAGAUCAAUACUUCCAUGUAGAUAUUUAAAAAAAAUUUUGGGUAAUUAAAAAUUUUGAUUAAGCAUUGUGCCUAUUAAUUACCUUUCAAUUAGACUGAAAACUGUUAUCCAUAUACAUUUAACUUGGUUUUUCAGCACAUUUAGAACUAUUUAAAUUUCAUUACUAUUGACUGUUAAAUUUUAAUUUUUCCUGCUUUGCUACUAGCCAAAUUACACUUUUGUUAAAAUUAUAUUGUUUAUUAAUUAUCACAAAUAAUAAAUUUUUGUUUUAAAUAAUUCUUUUAUAUGUAAAUCCAUUUUGUCCAUGUAGCUAUUAAACAUUUCACAACAUACAAUUAGCCUAAGGUUAGAAAAUGAAACAGUUAUCGUGUUUUACAAUUAUAACAUUUUCAUCAACUUUUGAAUGUACUCUUUGAACAUUUAAUGUUUGUAAAAUGAUUAAAUACAUUACAAGACUGUUCAUAUAUUUAUCCGAAAGUUUAAAAAUUUUCCAUGUCGGAAAUGUGCUGUCCAAUGGAAGAUGUUCCAUAUAAAGGCCAUCUGAAGACAUAACUGGACUUGCCUAAGUUGCUUAUUAAGAAAAGUUGCUUCUUUUUACUUUCACAUUAACCACAAUGAAUUUAGACUCUUCAAAAAAAAAACUUGUUUAAAUUAUAAACUAAAUACAUCAUUGAAGUGUUCUUUUCUGAAUAACUCAUUGUUCAUCAAAUUACACUCUAAACUGCUUAAUUUAAUAAAUCCUUGCUUGUUGGAUGGCACUUUCAACGAAUUCAGUUUUCAAUUUUAAAGUGAAGAAAUGUGAACCAAAAGCAGUGAAUUUCAAAAACGUAAAAUUUUUCCUUUAUUCCACAAGUACAAUGCAACUUAACAAAAUUUUAUACAAAUAUUCCUAAAAUAAGAAGCAUCUUUCAUUAUGUAAGACAAUUUAGGUAAAAUUAACACCACAACUGUUUCAAAUAAAUAGACCCAUUUUUUUGUAACUAUACUAUAUGAUAUAAAGAUAAUAUUCAAAGUUUGUUAUACAAUAUUUACAUUCAAAAACAGGGUACAAAUGUCAAACUUUGUACUUUCCUUGGGUAAAAAGCAAUGAAAACAAAGAACUUGAAUUUUAAAAACAAGAGAGUAAAAAUCUAUGAAAUGAAACCUAUUAUUUAAAGAACACUAAUAAUUGAAUCAAAAACUCAUUUGUAUUACAGAAAUAAUUAGACAAUGAAGCCAUAAACUGAUAAAGUAAAACAAAAAGAUUCAUUAUGAAAUAAGGUUCAGUUUUACAAAAGUGAUUAGGUUCUAAAGGCACAUCUAGCGAAACUCACUGGAAUUGUUAUGAGUAAAUUUAAUUUUUCCUAUUUUCAUGCUUCGAUUUAAGCUUUCAUGUUUAUACAAUUGUAACUCGUGACUUUGUAAAAAUGUGGUGAACAUUCCUUUGAAAACUGUAUUUUGUAAAUACAAACAUAAAUAAAAAAUGUAUUCAAUAUACAAAGAGAGAAACCAUUACAUACAAAAAAAAAAUGAUUUUCAUAUAUAGAAAGUUAUUUCUUACAGUUAUGUUACCUUGUUAGUAUAUUUUAUAACAUCAUCUAAGUCUAUUUUAUGUUGGACUAAUAAUACAAAACCAUUUGCAUUUGCAAAGGUUACGUUGUACAUUUGAAAUAUAGUGUAAUUUAAUAAAUUGUUCAAUUUUA